CUCCAGGGAUCUACAUGCCGACCGGACGUUUAUUUCACACGGACCAAAACAGCUUUCCGAAAGUUGACGUGGAGGUGUUUGUGUACAAUGUCUGAUACUAAAGUAGAAAUGUCAACUGUAAUACAGAACCCAAACGCGCCUUCUCAACCAAAUAACCCGCUAUCAAGGAAACUUAACAAAAUACUGGAGACGAGGCUUGACAAUGACAAGGAGAUGCUGGAGGCUCUGAAGGCGCUCUCUGUGUUCUUCACUGACAACAAUUUGCGCACCAGGAGAAAUCUUCGUGGUGACAUAGAGAGGCGAAGCCUGGCGAUCAAUGAGGACUUUGCACGAAUAUUUAAGGAAGUAAAAGAGGAGCUCGAAAGUGUUAAUGAGGAUGUCCAGGCCAUGAGCACAUGUUGUGAAGAAAUGACCAGUAGAUUAAAGGCUGUGAAGGAGCAAACUCAAGAUCUCAUAGUAAAAACCAACAAGCUGCAGGGAGAAAAGUGAGUUGAUUCUUAACGG